AUGCUGCAGCCACGUGAUGGUGCUGUUCCACAGCUGAACCUUCCAGCAGGUGGACCGCAGCAGCACCAGCUGGCAGCUCCUAGUGCAGUUCCCCCGCAGAACCUUCCGCCAAGUGGACCGCAGCAGCAGGUGGCAGCUCCCAGCAGUGCAGUUCCCCCGCAGAACCUUCCGCCAAGUGGACCGCAGCAGCAGGUGGCAGCUCCGCCUAGUGCAGUUCAGCAGAACCUUGCGCCGAGUGGACCGCAGCAGCAGGUGACAGCUCCUAGUGCAGUUCAGCAGAACCUUGCGCCGAGUGGACCGCAGCAGCAGGUGACAGCUCCGUGUGCAGUUCCGCCGCAGAACCUUCCGGCAAGUGGAGCGCAGCAGCAGCAGGUGGCAGUGGCAGCUCCUGGUGCACAGCAGGUGACAACUCCUAGUGCAGUUCCGCAGAACCUUCUGGCGAGUGGCCCCCCGCAGCAGGUGGCAGCUCCUAGUGCAGUUCCGCCGCAGAACCUUCCGGCAAGUGGAGAGCAGCAGCAGCAGGUGGCAGCUCUUAGUGCAGUUCCGCAGCAGAACCUUCCGGCAAGUGGCCCCCCGCAGCAGGUGGCAGCUCCCAGUAGUGCAGUUCCGCCGCAGAACUUUCAGGCAAGUGGACCGCAACAGCAGGUGGCAGCUCCGCCCAGUCCAGCUCAGCAGAACCUUCCUCCAGCAAGUGGACCGCAGCACGUGGCUCCGGGUGCAGUUCCGCAGAACCUUCCAGGUGGACCGCAGCAGGUAGCAACUCCUUGUGCAGCUCCGCAGCAGAACCUUCCACCAGCAGCAGGUGGAAUGCAGCAGAUGGCGGCUCCUUGUGCAGCUCCCCAGCAGAACCUUCCGCCAGCAGCAGGUGGACCGCAGCAGGCGGCAGCUCCGUGCGCAGUUCCCCAGCAGAACCUUCCGCCACAGCAGGUGACAGCUCCAAGUGCAGUUCCGCAGCAGAACCUUCCGGCAAGUGGACCGCAGCAGGUGGCAGCUCCUUGUGCAGUUCCGCAGCAGAACCUUCUCCUGGCAAGUGUACCACAGCAGCAGGUGAUGACAGCUCCAGGUGCAGUUCCGCAGCAGAACCUUCCAGCAGGUGCGCAGCAGGUGGCAGCUGCAAGUGCAGUUCCCUGGCAGCAGAACCUUCCGGCAAGUGGCCCCCCGCAGCAGACGGCAGCUCCAAGUGCAGUUCCCCCGCAGCAGAACCUUCCGGCAAGUGGCCCCCCUCAGCAGCAGGUGCCAGCUCCAAGUGCAGUGCCCCCGCAGAACCUUCCGGCAAGUGGCCCCCCGCAGCAGGUGGCAGCUCCUAGUGCAGAUCCGCCGCAGAACUUUCCGGCAAGUGGACCGCAGCAGCAGGUGGCAGCUCCGCCUAGUGCAGUUCAGCAGAACCUUCCGCCAGCAAGUGGACCGCAAGAGGUGACAGCUCCGUGUGCAGUUCCGCAGAACCUUCCGCCAGCAAGGACGCUCCUGCAGCAGCCUGGAACUCCCUCCAUUUUGGAGAUGGUGCAAGAGCUUGAAACGCAGAUGGAUCAGGAGGAGCCAAUCAGUGUGAAUGACACGCCCGAACCCCCGCCCCGGCUGAAUCGCAGCGCUGUGUCAACACUGGCUUCGGCUGCUUCCUUUGAUGACACAUCAAAGGACUUGGUUGCACCGGACACGUCAGCAGCACUGCUGGUGAAGGCACCGUCGCCGUCGCCGACUCCCGUGACGGCGAAAGCGAAAAGUGCGGCAAGGACGAAGCCGAAGGCUGCUGCUGUGAAGGAUGAGUAUGCGCUGCCGGAGCUGACCUUGCAGGAGAAGGCGAUGUAUGGCAACUUCUGGUCGCGGUACCGCUCGAGCAGCUCGCUGUCGUUGACCAGUGAUGCGGAUUCCGUCGACUCCGACAUCAGCCAACCUGUGCCGAAGGGGCCGCCGGCAGUACCCCAGCCGAUGCCGUUGCCGACUGUGCCGCUUCAGCAGCAGACGACAGCAGCUGCAGCAGGGCCGACGAGUGAUGCCAUGACGACGAUGCUGGCGACGGUUCUCAGCACGGCGGUGAGCCAUGGUGUUGAUGCAGCGGGGCUUGCGGCCAUUCAGCAGACCAUGGCCAGCAUUGUGGCUGCUGCAAAAGCCCCUGAUGCUGGAGUCGAGGCCGUUGACAAGACGAAGAUCAUCGACUCGCAGCCGGCUUUGCCGCCAAGCCCUUUUUCGACGCCUUUGCCGGCCAGCACAGCAGCAAGCCCUUCGACGCCUUUGCCGCCGGCAAGCACAGCAAGCCCUUCGACGCCUUUGCCGCCGCCGAGCACUGCGAGCCCUUCGACGCCUUUGCCGCCACAGACCGCUGUGACGAAAGCCCCGCCGACAGGACCUGCUCCUUCGACGCCUUUGCCACCGCAGACCGCUGUGACGAAAGCCCCGCCGACGGGACCUGUGGUCAACUCAAGCACCCACAGGACUGAGUACCGCUCGUUCCAACGCUUUUGCGAGAACUCACCGGGAGCAGUGGAGUUGAAGAAGGUGUGGGUGCAGGGCGGACCGCAGCGCUUGGCAAUGUUCCAGAAGUUUGUUCUGACAGGCUGUG